CGAGGUUGUUAUAUUAUCUGCGCCGCUCUCGCCCAACUCCCACAGCAGAGCUGCAGAGCACACCGGCCGGACAGGGGGGGGGAAACAUCGCUUUGGCUGGCGACGAUCAUUUUUUUUUUUUCUCUCUCUCUCUCUCUCUCCGCUUGCUGGCUGCGGAAAACUCAUAUCUGUGGUCGGGAGAGUCAGUCGGUCGGUCAGUUCAGUCUCCCUUCAAGCCUUCAAGCCACAACUUCGCCUUCGCAGCUGAAGCGACCAGAGGAAGGAGGGUUGUUGUUUUUUUUUAUUUUUUAUUUUUAUUUUUUAUUUUAUUCAUGAUCACCGGGAACAAGCUCUCACUUUUUCCACACCUGGAUUAACUCUCAGACGACGACGUUUUUUUCCCCUUCUUUUUCUUUUAUUCUGUUUUGUGUGUGUGUGUGUGUGUGUGUGUGUGUGUGUGUGUGUGUGUGUGUGUGUGUGUUGGGCUUUUUUUUUUCUCUCUCACAAUGUUGUGGAAAUUAGCCGACAACGUGAAAUAUGAGGAUGACUGCGAGGAAAGACACGACGGCAGCAGCAAUGGGAACCCCCGGCUGCCUCACCUGCCCGCGGUCAGCCAGCACCUCUACAGCCCGUCUCCCUCCCUCUCGCACUCGGCCAGCUCGGACUUCCAGCCCCCGUACUUCCCGCCUCCCUACCAGCCCAUCUCCUACCCGCAGUCCGGCGACCCUUACUCGCACCUCGGCGACCCGUUCAACAUCAACUCCAUACACCAGACGCCCACGUCGAACCAGCAGCAGCCGUGGCCCGGCCGCCAGGGCCAGGACGGGCUCGGCGCGCACGGCAGGAGCGGCCUGGCGAGCCAGAUCCUGGGCCUGGAGGGAGGCUCGUCCGGGGUGAGGAGGGAAGGGUUCCGCCGGCCGGAGCUGCUCCCGCCGCACCACAGCCUCGACUCGUCGGUCAUUGGGGAUAACAUGGGGAUGCACGACAUGGGGCACGGACUGGAGGACGUCCAGCAUGUAGAUGACCACAGUAUUAUUAUGGCAGAUCAGACAGUCAUCAAAAAAGUAUUAGGACUACGAGGUGGCAGGAACCUUGAUCGCUUACAGAGGACUUAUUAUCAGGGGGGCAUUCUUGCGGGACCUGUCACUCUACCCAAAGGCAACGCGCUGGGUCUGCCUUUCCAGAAAGAGUCCCUGCUGGGCAUGGUAUCAAACCCCACGGAGGUAUUCUGCUCCGUACCGGGCCGCCUGUCCCUGCUGAGCUCCACGUCCAAGUACAAGGUUACCGUGGCCGAGGUCCAGAGACGCCUGUCGCCCCCCGAGUGCCUCAAUGCAUCACUCCUGGGAGGGGUUUUACGCAGAGCCAAGUCCAAAAAUGGCGGUCGCUCUCUGAGAGAAAAGCUGGACAAGAUCGGGCUCAACCUGCCUGCAGGAAGAAGGAAGGCCGCCAACGUCACCCUACUUACCUCACUCGUAGAAGGUGAAGCUGUUCAUUUAGCAAGAGACUUUGGUUACGUGUGCGAGACAGAGUUCCCGGCAAAGGCAAUUGCUGAAUACCUGGGCAGGCCGCAUGUGGAACGCAAUGAGGUUAACUCUCGCAAGAACAUGCUCCUCGCUGCCAAGCAAAUCUGCAAGGAGUUCACCGACCUGCUCACUCAGGACCGCUCACCGCUGGGAAACUCUCGGCCAGCCCCCAUCAUGGAGCCCGGGAUCCAAGGCUGCCUGACCCACUUCAGCCUCAUCACCCACGGCUUCGGCUCUCCGGCCAUCUGCGCCGCCAUGACCUCGCUUCAGAACUACCUGAACGAGGCGCUCAAACAAGUGGACAAGAUGUACCUGAGCUCUGGCAGCGACACCCAGGGAUCCUCAGACAGUGGGAGCAAGUCUUCCGACAAAAUGGACAAGCACAGGAAAUGAGAGCUCAGAGGACAAUCCCUAUGAACUUGAGAACCCCCCCCACCCCCCCACCCCCACGACCCCUGAGUCCCUAAAUCUCGCUGCCCUGUCUGCCCCUUUUCGGACUUUUGAAAAAAAAAAAAAAAAAAAAGAAAAAAAAAAGUCAAUAUUGAUUGAUAAGUAUUGUCAUUUUGAGAGCUGAAAUUUGUGUGUGAGUGUGUAUGUGUGUGUGUACGUAUGUGUGUGUGUACUCGCACUGUUGAAUUUAUAUCCUAUUUUUUUUCGUUUUUUUUUUUUUUUUUCGUCGAUGAUUUUAAAGGACUUUUUCACAGCUGGCUGCAAAUCAGUCUGUGUCGGCACCUACGCCCGUGCGCCGGUCCUCGGCCCGCGACACGCACCGCAUCGUUCUAAACCACUAUGCAGUUCCGUACAGUUGCCAAUGUGCUGAUGCUACAACCACGAGACCUGCGCUCUGUUGACAAGAAGAGGAAAAAAGAACAAAGUGCAUACUGUUUUUGUCUCCCCAGAGGACAUCAUUUCAAGAUGAGUUGCUGUGGCUGUGAAUUCCUCUCAGCACCCCCCUCCCCUCCUAUCCCAUCCCAUCCCCACCUCCUCCUCCUCCUCCUCCUGCUCUGUCUGGAGGCAAAUCCACUGAUUUCCUGUGUCUCAAUGGACUUGCAAAGGACAUUCUUAUUUUUUAUUUUUUGUUUUUUAUGAGAAAGAGAGAGAGAAGAAAAUCCACUUCACUCUUUUGUGUGCUUGAUUUGUACAACCACUUCAAAAUGGCUCCAGUGUUAUUGUGCUUUGUUCAUGAGCGAUGAUUUGAAUCUUAUGUAGGCCUGAAUGAGAAAAGAUGAUCCUCUCUGGUUUGUCAGUCUGUGUUCGUUCAGAAACCAGAGACUUUAAAGCCUCUUCAGUGUUCAUGUGGAUGACAGGCGUAGCGAUGCUUCCAUUGUUACUUCUUUUUAAACCUGGCGGCGAAUGAAACACACAUUAUUUUUGUGACCAUGUUAGGUAUUCAUUAUUCUUAGUAUUUAAAAAAAAAAAAAAACAGAUUUACCAUCAAACUACCAAACAGUUCAGUCCUGCCAGAGUGUGUAUGUUGUGAGAAUGUCUCAAUGUAUAUAUUUCUUUUCUUUUGAAAAAAAAAAAUGUUUUUAAUUAGACAUUAAAUUCCAAACAUAGAAUUUUAUCCAGUGUCUUGUCCUGGAUGUAAAUAUUUUCUAAUUUAUGUUGUAAUUUAAUGGGCUUGUGUAAAUAAUGGUCUCAUCCUGGUGUAUGGUUUCACUUUUUAUGAUGACGUGUUAAACUUUUAUAAAUGGGUUAGUUUUUUAUCAAGUAGCGGUUAGGAAG